AUGGCCAAAAGUAUUACAGUUUUUGUUUCUCUUUUUAUUUUUGUGUCUUUUCUUCUCACAAAUUUGACACUCUCUCAAGAUGCAUCUCCUCCUCCACCACCAUCCAACACAACUGAGACUCCCCCGCCGCCACCAUCCAACACGACAGACACUCCACCUCCGCCGCCACCAUCCAACACCACUGACACUCCACCUCCGCCGCCGCCAUCCAACACCACUGACACUCCACCUCCGCCGCCACCAUCCAACACCACUGACACUCCACCUCCGCCGCCACCAUCCAACACCACNGACACUCCACCUCCGCCGCCACCAUCCAACACCACUGACACUCCACCUCCGCCGCCGCCAUCCAACACCACUGACACCCCACCUCCGCCACCACCAUCCAACACAACCGACGCUCCACCCCCACCGCCGCCAUCCAACACAACUGACACUCAACCCCCACCGCCACCCGAUUCGACCACUGUCCCACCACCUGCACCGCCGCCUAAUGUGGGUUCAUCUCCGCCACCGGCGCCACAAACUAACGAAGCAUUGAAUGAAAAGGGUGGUGGAGAUUCAAAAGGACUGAGCGGCGGACAAAAGGCAGGGAUUGCGUUUGGAGUAAUCGUAGGAGCAGGUUUGUUGGGAUUUGUAGGAUUGAUUUGCAUCAAGCGUCGCAGUAAUUCAAGAAAAAGCCGUUAUGGAUAUGCUGCAAGAGACUCAAUGCUUUAA